UGUUACCAGAUGUGGCAGAAGAUACAGUCUCACCAACAAGGGCUCGGACCAUGAAGGACUAUGAAAAUCAAAUCACUGAUCUCAAAAAAGAAAACUUCAACCUGAAGCUUCGUAUAUACUUCCUGGAGGAGAGAAUGCAGCAGAAAUUUGAUGGUGCCACUGAAGAAAUCUACAAAAUUAACAUUGAGCUGAAAGUUGAGAUAGAAAGUCUGAAGCGUGAUCUGCAGGAGAGAGAGAAACUGCUCAUCAAAGCCUCUAAGGCAGUUGAAAGCUUGGCCCAGGGCGGUGAGGCUGAAAUCCAGCGUGUGAAAGAAGAGGCACAAAAGAAGAUGCAAGAAAUGGAAGAAAUGCUGACCAGCAGAAUAAAGGUUUUGGAGGAGGAUCUUAAAGCUGCCCAGGAAGAUGAGGGAAAAGCCAUUGCAAUGUCAGAGAAGGAGAAAGCUCUGAGAAUAGCUGCUGAGCAGAAGCUUUCUUCAAUUAUGAAUGCCCCUGUGAAGGACGUGGGUAUGAUGCCAGGAGCUGAGAGAGACAGACUCAUAGAGCAACUGAAUCUGUCAUUGAAAAGUAAAGAAGCUGUAAUUCAACACCUUCAAGAGGAAAGAUCUCAGAGUGGAUCUUAUGAUGGGAACUUACCAGCAGAAAAAAUCAGAGAACUUACCAUUGCUUUGAGGCAUGAAAAAGAUAGUGAGAUAGAGGCUAUUAGAAUGGAGCUUAAAAAUGAGAGAAGUUCCUUUGAAAAAAAAAUCCAGUUACUUCAAGAAGAGCUACAAGAGAGAGAAAAUGAGCUUGCUAUUGAAAAGAAGAAUGGUUUGAAAAGGGAUAAAACCAUUCAAGGGCUAACUGUUGCAUUAAAAGCAAAGGAAAAAGAGAAUGAGGAGCUUGGUUCUGAAAUUGAAGAUCUAAAUGCUUCAUUGGCCAAGGCAAGAGAGGCAACUCACAAAGCACAAAUCCAAAAAUUUAAGGGUGCUGAGGAUUAUCAGGCUCUCCUGAUGGAAAAAGAGACCCUCUUGGCAGAGCUGCGUUCAGAAAACCUUACAAAGGAUGCUGAGAACAGAAAGCUACAAAGGAGGAUUAAAAGGACUGAUCAAGAGCUGAAUGAUUUGAAUUUAGAAAGGGAGAAAAUGGAGAAGGAGCUGGAUGAAGCACAACUACAGAAGAGCAGAAGUGACAAAACCAUUAAUGACCUUAGAAAUCAACUAGAGAAAUUACAUGGGGAAAUGACUGAGAAAGAAAAAGCAGUUGAACAUCAUUACAGUGUUCUUCUGAGUGAAAGCAAUCAGAGGUUACAGAGCCAAGAACUAGUGAUCAACCAGCUAACAGGUGAUGUCAGUCAAAAGGAUCUGCUGCUUCAGGUAGUUAAAGAAAAGGAUGCAGAAUUGCAAGAGCUCCUGAAUAAGUACAAGAACCUUCUGAGAGCCAAUGAGGAACUUGAAUUGAAAAAUGAAGGCUUAGUAAAGGAAAAAUGUGCUGCACAAAAGCCACCCUUAGGAUGUGCUUUUGUUUUCAUUCAGGAAAAUAAAGAAGCUGAGUAUGAAAAGCUGAUCCUUGCUUUAAGAAAAGAGCAAAAUAUCUAUUCCACACUAGUGAAGACCUUCAAAGAAUCGGAUAGUAUAAAUAGCUUGCAAACGGAACUAAACAACAUCUUCCUCUUGAGAAAACAACUAGAAGAAGAUGUUUUAGCUAAUCGGAGGCUACAGAAGGUCUUAGAAGAUCAAAUUAAGGACAUGAAACAUCGACAAGAUGAGACAGUAUCUUUCUGUGGAGAUCAAACAUCUUAUAUGAGUAUCUGUUUAGGAGAGCAAGAUCAUUUAAACCUACAGCUAGACCAUCUGUCUCUUGAAGAACUCAAGAAAAAGGUUACUGACCUUCUCUUGAUGGUUAAGGAUCUGCAGUCAAUUAAUCAAGAACUUAAGAAAAAACAGCUUGGACUUUCUACAACAGAUUCUCAAAGGAAGGAAGCACUAAAAAUAUUAAACCACAGUGAGUGUCUUGAAAUAACAGAGGAGCCUGUGAUGCAGACUGGAGAUGGUGGCAGUGACAAGAAGAUGCAGAACAGUCAGUUUUCUGAGAGGGUCAGUCAGGUGUGCCUUCAAGUAUCUUUAGAUUUUCCUUGUGAGGUGGAUAAACAAAUAACUCCAUCAGGCUAUUCAGAGAGUUUCUGCAGAGAUGGACCUUACAGGAGUCCAAGUAAGCCUCAGCUGGAAUGUGACACAACUGGCAAGCACUUUAGCAGAAUAGGAAUGAGUGAACAUGAAGCAGAAGAAAACUUGCUUACAUCUCUUUUAAGAGAAAAUAGAACAUCUGUACUGGAAUCUACCAGACAAGAACAAAUGAAAAUCGUAAAUGAGCUCUUAGAUCACCUGAACACAACUGAGGAAGAACAUUCAUGUGAAGAUACAGAGAAAAAGGAUGAAAAAGAUCUUAGGCAAAUGAUUAUUCAACUAAGAGCUGAACUUAAACAUUUCAAGCAGGUCAAUAAAUUCUUAAAGAAGCAAGUAGAAUUGAAAUCAACUUUUGAUGAGAAGGAGAAGCUUUAUUCAGAUGUAAUGCCACAAAUUAAUAAGGAUAUUGAGUUGUUGAAAGUGGAAUUGAAAGAUGCAGCUACACAAACAAUGACUUUAGAGAGUAAUGUCAUGAGAUUCGAACAUGAAGGUGAAAAAGGAGCCUCAGAAGAGAAGCAACAAUAUUCAAGAUUAAAUGCAGAAAGAGAACAUCAGCAAGAAAAUUUGUAUAAGAAGGGUGAACAGCAUGAAAGACCUUUUUUUCCAAGGAGAACAAAUGAAGCAUUUGGUCAGUUGUGUUUGGCAGGUUGGCUGCUGCCAUCCCAGUUCCUUGAGGAUGCCUUGGCUGGCCUGAGGCAGAAAGGAGUGGAUGUGCUUUCUCAUCUCUUUGUGCUGGUGCUGAGUCCAGGAACACAUGAAGAGAUGAGGGCAGUUGCCUCAUUGCCCAAACUGGAUAGUGGUGAGGUCCAGGUGGAGCUGCAAGGUGUUGGUCUGGAUACAGGGGCUGAGAAUGAAGAUGCGAUGGACAAAAAUCAGCACAGCUGUCAAGAAAUGCAAAAGCAUCAUGACAUUAGCAACGUGAAUGUUCAGCCUUCAUUAAAAGAGAUAAAUGAAGAGUUUUGUUCCAUGGAACAUGAGGACAUUGACUCAGCCACUGCGUGUGCAGGUUCCAGGGGCUCGUGCUCACUCAAAUUGAAUGUAACAAGUACAGAUGCACUCGAGGACUGUGAAGUCAUAGAUGAUAUAGAAGAACUGAAACAGAGAAUUAAGAAUAUGGAGUCGGAGCUUGAGAAGUACAAAAUGUUGGUGUUUCAAUUGCAGACCUCUGACCAGCUUUUAUCCAGUGGUAUUUGCAAUCUAGCUUUGAGUGAUACAGCCUUGCCUGUGGAAGGGCCUGUUGCACAAGUGCAAGAUACAGCUAUGCAAGAAAUGAAAACAUUUUCUAGUGUCCAUCAGCUGAAGGAUUAUGAGACCCACACUGAAAAUAGGAAUUCAGAGUCUUUGAAAGCUCCUGAUACAUGGACAGCACAAAACCUUAAGGAGCUGCUAUCAGAAAAUGAGGCAGAACUUGAAAAGGAGCAAAUGGCAAAUAUGCAUCUUGAUGAAGUGUAUAAUGUUCAGAACAAACUCAGAGAAACAUCACCAUCCACAUACAAGUCAUUGGUUCAUUCACAAGCUCAAGAACUCUCCUCUCAGUGGCAACAAAUUAAAGAGAUCUGCAGCAGUUGUGUUGCUUACCAUCAGCAUCUGAGGAGCCUUAUCAAAGCUUUUGAGGAACUGCUGCAAGCCAGUGAUGUAGAUUAUUAUGUUGCUGAAGGCUUCCGUGAGCAGCUGAAUCAAAGUGUGCUGCUGUUUGAGAAGCUGGAAAGGAAAUUCCUGUAUGGAGGAUCAAUAGGUACAGAAGUUACUAUACUUUAUGAGUUAGCUCAAAGGGAUAAUGAGAAGAACACCACAAUGUACCAGCAAGUGAAGGAUGAAUCACCUGUACCAUCUGCUCCUCAUAGCUUCUCUGACUUUGAUAUGUCAGAAAAGUCAUCUCUUGGGUCACCCGAGCAUGGACAUGACCUGGAAGGACAGCAUGGCACACUGGGGCUUCACCCAAACAAGUUUCCCCCAGAGUUAUUAAUGGAGCAUCUGCAAGAAAUUAGAAUCCUGAGACAACGUUUAGAACACUCCAUAAAAACUAAUGAGAGACUGAGGAAGCACCUUGAGAGACAAGUCACAGACAAGGAACUAGAUCAAGGUUCUGCAAACAUUUUUAUCCAUGGCUCAGAGCAGCAUCAUUCCCUGUCUUCUGAAAUACAUUUCCUGAGGAAGCAAAAUCAAGUUCUGAAUGCAAUGCUAGCAAAAGGAUCCAGAGAUAAGCAGAAGGAAAAUGAAAAGUUAAGAGAAUCCCUUUCUAAAAAGAGUGUAAUCAUUGAGCAUCUUCAUGAGGAUUAUGAAUGCAUCAAGAGAGAAAAUGAAAGGUUGCAAAAGCAAAUAGGCCAAAAGGAAGAUGAAACCAGAUAUCUGACAUGUCAAAUUUACAGCAGUCGUAAUGAAUUAAACAGGUUGCAAACAGAAAUUAACGUAAAGCAACAUCAGCUCUCUGAGAAUGAGAAGUUACUGCAGUCGCUCCGCACUGAGGUCAAGGUGUAUGAAAAGUUGGAAGAAGCCAGAAGGAAGAGGACAGAUCCCAGAUGUGAUGCAUCAGAAGAAUUCAGAAAAGAUCAGAAUAAUCCACUUGAUUUACGUGAACUCUUGACUGAAAUACAGAGUUUGCGAGUGCAGCUUGAAAGAAGCAUAGAGACAAACAAGUCUUUGCAUGAAAAAUUAGAGGAACAGCUUUCAAAAGGAAAGAGAGAGGAGGUGGGAUCAGUGUCAGCUGUAAAUAUCAACUGUCUUUUCAAUCAAGAACCUCAGCAUCAUGCAGGAAAGAACG